GUACAGGCCGUCCAGGACACCCACCAGCAUUCUGUGUCCUAUACUCUGUCUCGUAACCAGGCUGUCAUUGUAGAAUACAAACAGGACCCCAACACAGACAUGUAUCAGAUUGGCCGUUCUUCAGAGGUACCUAUAGACUAUGUUGUGAUGGACACGAUUCCAGGAAAUCAGCGGACAGCCAAUGAUAGCAUCACACAGAGUACCAUAUCCCGAUUUGCCUGCAGAAUACUGUUGGAGAGAGAUCCACCCUAUACAGCCAGAAUAUUUGCAGCUGGCUUUGACUCGGGGAGAAACAUUUUUCUGGGGGAGAAGGCAGUGAAGUGGUAUUCGGGGGAGGAAAUUGAUGGACUUACGACCAAUGGUGUGUUCAUUAUGCAACCCCAGGGUGGCUUCAACCCCACAGGCAAACCAGGAGUAUGGCGGGAGGUGUCGGUGGGUGGUGCUAUAUAUCCUCUGAGAGAGUCCAGGUCGGCACCCCUCAAAAGUAACCAGAUCCUGGAUGAGGACAAUAUUCUCCAUGAUGGAACUGUGAUAGAUCUUUGUGGUGCUACGUUACUAUGGAGAUCAGCUCUUGGCCUCAUCACCUCUCCGAGUGAACAUGAAUUUCAAACCCUGGUUGAGGAAAUAAAUGCUGGUCGUCCUCAGUGUCCAGUGGGCCUGAUGACCCUAGUGUUGCCCAGUAAAGGUACACUGGAGCUGUCAGACAAACAGCCGUACGUGUACCUCUCGUGUGGCCAUGUCCACGGCCAACACCAGUGGGGACAGAAGGAAAAUGACAGUCGCACCUGUCCUCUUUGUAUAAAG